AUGGAGGACAGGGUGUGGAUUGUGUGCCUUCUUGUCAUUCUGACGCUGGGAUGGACUGAGGCUCAAAGUCAGGACAACUUCACCAGGCCCGUCUUCCUCUGCGGAGGCCACCUGGUCACAGACUCUGGCAUCGUGGCCAGUGAAGGAUUCCCCAGUGCAUACAAACCCAACACCAAAUGCACCUGGUACAUUACUGUCCCCGAGGGUCAUGUCGUCAUGCUGUCUUUCCGCCUCUACGACAUGGAGGCCGACCCUACCUGUCGCUACGACUACCUGGACGUCUACAACGGUCACACCCGAUUGGUGCAAAAGCUGGGUCGUUUCUGUGGGACGUUCAGGCCCGGCGCAAUCAUCUCCACCUCCAACACCAUGAUGUUGGAUAUGGUGUCCGACGAAUCGAAUGGAGGAAGAGGCUUUAUUGCUUACUUCAGCGCGGGGAAGCCACAUAUGGAAGAACACCAGUUCUGUGGAGGACGUCUGACGAAAUCGCAGGGCUCUGUCAAGACGCCCAACUGGCCCAACUCUAAUUACCCAGCAGGCAUCAGCUGUUCCUGGCACAUCUCCGUAGAACCAAGUAAUGUGAUCGAGGUGAAGUUUGUGAAGCUGGACUUGGAGCCUGACACGUACUGUCGCUACGACUAUGUGGCAUUGUUUAACGGGGGAGAGAAGGAUAACACGCGACGAAUUGGGAAGUUCUGCGGAGACAGGCCUCCAGGAACAAUAGUGACAAAGGGGAAUGAGCUCCUGGUCCAGUUUGUCUCUGACCUCAGUGUGACCUCAGAUGGUUUCAUGGCCCACUACUCCAGUGUGCCCCGCGGGUCGAGGACACCAACCGCAGGGGGAGACUUCAUCCAUCGCCCUCAGACCACAUCACCACCACAACGAACAGUCUUGGCGCCAAGCAAACCCACCAAACCAACCCCUAAACCUAGACCCACCCUCAGGCCUAAACCCACCAAAAAAACAGGCAAAAGACCACUGGUAAAGAAACCGCUGAAACCUCCGUCACGUAAACCUACCAUCAAGCCUGCAGUCAAGCCCACGGCUAAACCCAAACCAGCUAGACCCACACCUAAAGCACCUGUGAAAAAGCCUGCACCUAAACCUAGAACCAAACCAACAACCAAGCCUAAGAUUAUUAAGCCAACGCUCAAACCAAGCAUCAAGGUUAAACCCAUACGAAAGCCUACACUGAAGACCAAACCCACCUUAAAACCUAGAGUAAAACCAUUAAAGCCAACCCCUAAGGGUGGAGUUAAGCCAACAGCCAAACCCAAGAUUAAGCCUAAAGCUACGCCCAAACCUCGAGUUAUCAAGAAAGUAACAAAGAAGCCUGCUGUGAGCAAGAAACCUUUACCACUGAACCCACUGUGUACACAAGCCUGUAAGAGGACAGGAACUCUCCAAUCCAGCUUCUGCCCUCAUGACUUUGUGAUUACGGGUAAGAUCACUUCUUUGACCACUGGUCCCAGGGGCUCAUCGACAGUGGAGGUGUCCAUAAUCAAGGCCUAUAAGGCAGGACGCCUGAACAUCGCCAAAUCAGGGCCCCUCAUGUCGGUCACACUGACCUCCACCUGCAAGAGAUGCCCCGGACUCCUCAAAGGCCGGAACUACGUGUUGAUGGGAAAAGUGGACGCACAGGGCAGCGGCCUCCUCAGCCCCUCCAGCUUCACCCUCCUCUAUAAACCCAUCCACGCCAGAGCAUUGGCCAACCUCGCGAGCAAACCCUGCUGACAUCACAGCCCAUCCAACCAAUCAGAUGGACAGCCCUGACUAUCUCUCUGAAAACAUGUAGCUUGUGUGAAAAUAUGAUGAGUUAUACCCGAAACAAUUUUUUUACAUGAUGCAUGAACAGUUAUUAUAAAACAGUACAUGUGCAUAAGUGUUAUAUUUUGUAUUUUGUAUGUAAAUUAUAUUAUUUCUGUGAUAAAAGAUGCACAUCGCUGAAUCAUGUAGUUUUGGUGCUUGAGGUGAUUUUUAUAUCUCGUUUCUAGUAUUUUCCUUUAUACAUGAAGUAGUAACCCACAGUUAAAAUGUAUAUAAAACACAAAUGAAAACGCACAGAUGAUAUAUUAAUGUCAUUAAAUACACAAACCACCCCAGUUCU